CCUCCGCCGGCAGCACCACCAUGCCCAAGAAGCCGCAGCACCUGAGCCUGGUCGCCACCACGGCGGGGGGAUACGGGGGCGGUCCCAGCAGCAAGCCCAAGUACAGCCUGACCCUGCACAACAGCAAACUCGCCCCGGGGGGCAAGCACCUGCGCGAUGGCCUCCAGCAGCGCCAGCACCUCAAGGCCGUGGAUGGGGUUGGGCUGGCGCCCGUGCCCGUGCCCGUCGACGAGGUGGUGGGUGUGCACCUGAAGGCCGGCUCCAAGGCGGGGGCCGCCACAGGCGAGGCUUCGGGCAGUGUCACCAGGGAGAUGGGGGAGAGCGGCAGCAGCGGCAGCGGAAAGGACGGCGCCAAAUGCGGAAAUGACAAUGAACUGGGGGGCGGAGUGACAAACGGUGUCAUGAGGGCACAAAACAACAGGCUGUGGUAUCAUUGAUGAAAACCCCAUAUGGAAUGGAUUUGAGCGAUAUCCUCUAAACGGAAAUCGAAUUGAAAAUGCAACAAGUACUAAAAAAAGAGGACGUUACGCCGAAAUUAAAAUCACCGAAUUAGGUCCGCGCAAAAAACGGCGAAUCGGACAGAAAUAAAGUCAAGCACAAAUAGUUGGAUUAAAAAGGCCCAACAAUUGAACCCACUGAGCAAACAAGAAACGCAGCGAAUAGAAUCGAAUCGAAAACGAAUCAAAUCGAAUCGAAAACGAAGUCAAGUCGCCUACCAAUCAUUUAUAGUGUAGGGUCGAGAAUAUGCCAACAACGUAGCUAAUGAAACAUUUUAAGAACACCCUGUAAAUAUACGAGUUUAGGAAUCGGUAGUGAAGAACCUGCAUCUGAUGGCAAGGAGCUGAGUUGCAAGGAGGAAUCCAGGACAUCAUGCGAAAGAAAAAAAAAAAAACAAAAAACUCACGACAAGAUUAUACACAAAUCAUGAGAA